GGACAGAAAGGUGAACCAGGUGAUAUCCCAUAUGUGGUUGGACUCCCCGGACCUUCGGGACCUGCCGGUCCUCCAGGAGCUCAGGGGAACACUGGACAGAGAGGCUUUAAAGGCAGGCGGGGAUUUGCAGGACCUCCAGGAUUUGACGGAGAGCCCGGUAUCCCAGGUAACCCAGGACAGCCUGGGGCCCCUGGCCAGAAUUCCCACCCUGGGGGCAACAUCAUGUCUCAGAUGGCUUCAGGGUUCAAUGAGAAAUCUGUGAUGGCUUCAAUGGUGUCAGGAGCAAGCGGUGAAGCAGGACCUAGGGGACCUCCAGGGACGCCUGGACCAGCUGGCCCGAGUGGCGGUCAGGGAAUUCCAGGAGAGACUGGAGAUCCAGGAUUGGUGGGUGAGCAGGGUCAUCGCGGACCUGAGGGGCCGCCUGGAAAAGCUGGACGUGAUGGUGAACCUGGACCUGCAGGUGCGACAGGGGAACCAGGAUUUCAGGAUCAGGGGGUGCAAGAGGAUUCCCAGGACUUCCAGGUCAUCCAGGACUGAAAGGUCACAAGGGACAUGCUGGUGUUCCCGGGCCGAGAGGAGAGUCUGGAGCAGCUGGAUUAAAGGGAACAUCUGGGACUCCGGGUGCGAUGGGUGCUCCAGGUCCUCUGGGACCAGCGGGGAUGCAGGGAGAGAGAGGCAGGAUCGGACCAACCGGACCUGUGGGCAAACGUGGAGCAUCCGGCCACGUUGGAAAACCAGGUCCUCUGGGACCUUUGGGAAUCCCUGGAGUGCCGGCUUCCCCGGUGGCCCCGGCAUGAAGGGUGAAGCAGGACCUACUGGAGUCAGAGGAAGUCCAGGACCGCAGGGACCCAGAGGUGAUGGAGGUCACGCAGGACCACCUGGCAAAACAGGAGAUGAGGGUUCAGCGGGGGCCGAUGGAGGUCCAGGGGCCCGGGGACAAUCAGGUCUUGUAGGUGUCCAGGGUCCAGCUGGAUUGUUGGGCCCAGCUGGCCCACCCGGCCCCCAGGGGACUACAGGAGCACCAGGACCAAAGGGACAAUUGGGCGACGUUGGCGUGCCUGGAUUCAAAGGAGACGGUGGAGCCAAGGGAGAGAGAGGUGACCAUGGUAUUCCUGGUCCGAUUGGUCCAAUGGGAGACGACGGUAAACGUGGACCCCGAGGUGACGGUGGAGACAUCGGGCCCCAAGGACCUCAGGGAGAGUCUGGAGCGCCAGGAAACCGAGGAUUCCCAGGUGCAGACGGUUUACCAGGACAAAAGGGAGCUCAGGGUGAAAGAGGACUUCCAGGAUCAGGUGGGGCCAAAGGUUUCUCUGGAGAUCCAGGACGUAAUGGAGAGCCAGGUUUAACAGGAGCUCGGGGUCUUACUGGACUCAUUGGUGCCCAGGGAGCAGAGGGGAAACAAGGACCAAUGGGCUCAGCAGGAGACGAUGGCAAACCGGGGCCAGCUGGUCCUAACGGAAACCGAGGUGCAGCUGGAAACAUGGGCCUGCCAGGUCCAAAAGGCUUCACUGGAGAUGCUGGGAAGAUCGGAGAGGCUGGCAGCACCGGGCCUCCAGGCCAAAGGGGUGUGAAUGGAAAAGAUGGAGAGACGGGAGCGGCCGGUCCCACUGGUCCAGCUGGUCCUGCAGGAAAGAGAGGAGAGCAGGGACCACAGGGAUUACAUGGUUUCCAGGGUUUGCCCGGACAGCCUGGCCCACCUGGAGAGUCAGGAAAGCCAGGUGAUGAGGGUGUUGCUGGAGAGGCCGGGUCUGCUGGAGCUACUGGCAUAAGAGGAGAGCGAGGUCCUCCAGGAGAGAGAGGUGAAAUUGGACCCAAUGGUCUGCAGGGACCUAAAGGUGGUCCAGGUGGACCAGGAACAGAUGGACCAAAGGGUAACGCAGGUUCCGCCGGUGCUGGUGGAGAGCCAGGAGGUCCAGGACUUCAGGGGAUGCCAGGAGAGAGAGGGCUACCAGGAACCUCAGGCCCGAAAGGAGACGCAGGUACAGUCGGAGACAAAGGCCUCGAGGGUAAAGCUGGAGCUGACGGAGCACGGGGUCUUCCUGGACCUGUUGGACCUGUUGGUUCCAGUGGACCCAAUGGGGAAAAGGGUGAACACGGCCCAUCAGGACCUGCAGGACGCCGAGGGACAAGAGGAAUACCUGGUUCUACUGGUGAAAAUGGUCCAAUUGGUCCUGCUGGUUUCCAAGGAACUGCUGGUCCUGAUGGUCAGCCUGGAGUCAAAGGAGAAACUGGUGAGCCAGGUCUCAAGGGAGAGGGAGGAUCACCUGGACCACAGGGGAUGGCUGGGAAACCAGGAGAGCAGGGACCUGUUGGUGUAACAGGACUGAAAGGUGGCAGAGGAACGCAGGGACAAACGGGUGCUCCUGGUUUCCCUGGACUACCUGGAGGAGUCGGCCCAGUCGGCUCUCUUGGUGCUGUUGGAGCUGACGGGCCUAUAGGUGCUUCAGGAAAGCCAGGUCCUGGUGGGAUUCGAGGAGAGCCAGGAGCUAUGGGGCGUCAGGGAGAGAGAGGACCUGCAGGAGCACCGGGAAGCUCCGGAGAGAAGGGUGACUCUGGAGAGGACGGUCCCUCGGGUCCCGAUGGGCCUCCAGGACCUGCUGGCACCACGGGACAGCGAGGCAUUGUGGGUCAGCCUGGACUCAGAGGAGAGCGAGGCAUGCUGGGACUGCCGGGUCCUGCUGGUCCACCAGGAAAAGACGGAACUCCUGGAGCUCAAGGAGGCUCAGGACCUCCUGGUGGAGUCGGUUUACCCGGAGCCACGGGGCCAAGAGGAGACGCGGGACCUGAGGGUCUCGCCGGAGCAGAGGGGCCUCCUGGACAGGAUGGUCUUGUAGGAGAAAGGGGAGAACGGGGUAAUCCCGGUCAAGAGGGUCUGCCUGGUACUACAGGGUCUCCUGGAACUGAGGGGCCUGUGGGGCUUACAGGUGGUCCAGGGCCAAUUGGAGAAAAUGGUGGCAGGGGUGCAGCUGGACCCCUGGGACCAGAUGGAGUACGGGGGAAACUAGGCCCUCAAGGACCUCAGGGAGAGAAGGGAGCAGUUGGAGAGCAAGGAGAGAGGGGUCAGAAAGGACACAGAGGUUUCACCGGGCUCCACGGUCUGCCAGGAACAACUGGUCAAACCGGAGAGCCAGGAGCUACAGGUUUUGUUGGACCGUCUGGCCCGAGAGGUCCUCCAGGAGUGGUGGGUCCACCUGGAAAGGAAGGAUACAUCGGUCAGCCCGGACCACAAGGCGCUCCUGGAAGCAGAGGCAGCCUGGGUGAACUCGGAGAACAGGGUCCACAUGGUGACCCCGGCCCGCCCGGCCCUCCAGGCCCCCCUGGACCUCCCACCGCGGGCGUUGAAGACCUUUACGUCCCCUCCUACGACUACGAAGGGAUCGGUGGUGUUCCUGAAGCCGAGGAGUUCGUCGAGGACGACAUGGCUGCUGAUCCUCCUCCACCCCUUCCAGAGAUCAACAGAGACGAAGCCCUCCCCAAUAAGAACCAGGCCUUGCUGCGUGCAGAUACCGGGGUCCACGCCACUCUGAAGACCCUCAGCGGACAUCUGCAAAACAUUCGCAGUCCUGACGGCAGCAAGAUGAACCCCGCGAAAACAUGCCAGGACGUCAAGCAAUGCUACCCUCAGAAAAGCAGUGGGGAGUACUGGAUCGAUCCAAAUCAAGGAAGUACCAAAGACGCCAUCAAGGUCUUCUGUAACAUGGAAACUGGAGAGACCUGCAUUUCUGCAAAUCCUUCCAACAUUCCCCGUAAAGCCUGGUGGACUAAAUCCAGUCCUACUGCCAACAAACCGAUCUGGUUUGGAGCGGACAUGAACAGUGGAAAAUUCCAGUAUGGAAAGAACGGGGAGCAGCCCAACGCAGUGGCAGUCCAGAUGAAGCUCCUGCAGCUUUUGUCCAAGGAGUCGCACCAGAACGUGACGUACCACUGCAGGAACAGCGUCGCUUACAAAGCAGAGAAGAGCAACAGCCUGAAGAAUGCGCUGGUCCUCAAAGGCUUCAACGGCCAGGAGCUGAGAGCGCAGGGCAACAACCGCCUCCGAUACACCGUCAUCGAGGACAGCUGCUCGACAUCAAACGGAGAGUGGGGAAAGACCGUGUUUGAGUACAGGACUCAAACUUCAGCCAGGUUGCCGUUCGUGGAUUUGGCGCCCAUGGACGUCGGUAAAGCUGAUCAGGAGUUCGGCCUUGACAUCGGCCCGGUUUGCUUCUCAUAAAACACAAAUCAAAAAGCAAGAUGGACAGAAGUUGCCUUUUUUUUCAGGAGGAGUAACAUCAUCAAAGUUAUACAGCAAGGACUCCUCUUCCUGUGAGCGCACGAGUCGAUGAAGAUUAGAAGUUUCAUUGCAAUUCUUCAUCUUCAAAAAUGGCUGCAUUUCCCAAACAAACAAUACAGCGUACUUGAGAAGCGUGUGACUCCCAAAAAUCUGACAUAAUUUAUUCACUAACUAAUAUAGUUACAAUUUAGAGCGCUAGUACUCUACAGGGGAAUGCAUUUAGGAGGAAGAGACAUGUGUAAGGUGCUAAGAAGGGUGUGGAUGGAUUAUAAACCUGGAAAAACACAAAGAAAUAAAGCAGUUUGCAUAAAAACUGAAGAAUAAUAGCAAUGAAAGGAUUUAAUUUGAGUUUUGUUUUCAGUGAAUGCACGUCCAGAGGUUUGGACACAGUCGACAGUUCUUAUUGCAAACGAGUGUAGUUCUUAAUUUUAACGGUAUAAAAGAUCAAAAUCAUGCUUGAACCUAAAUUAUUAAGUUCUGUUUAAGAACUCAUUCACUACUUCAACAGAAAAUCUCUGUAUCUCCUUUUUAAAACUUCAACUGUAAAUGCAACAUAUGACUGUAAAUGGCAAAGUAUUUGUUUUAUUGUCGACGAUGGAUGUGGAAUAAAUG